AGAGAGAGAGAGAGGAGGAAAGGUGCGCGACUCCUGCAAUCUCCGGACUGCAAACAUCCGAGAAACCUCCUCUCCUGCCCACGCCGAACCGGACAAAGUCUUCAUUCCAGUUACCGAGGUGCCAGCGUCCACCAGCGACCGGGGGUCCGGCUACAACGAGAGCAGCGGGGGGAAGGCGAGAGUGAAAUAGGGUUGCAACUUAUCGCCUGGGAUUUCCACGCCCUGUGUCCCAGCGAGCGAGAGAGAGAGACGCUUGUUCAUUCUUGCAGACACACAGACCACGUUCCUCCUGCUGAGAUCUUCUUCUGAGCCAGAAUCAAACGCUCCUCCUCGCCAGGAAUCUGGAAUCAUUCACAAGAAACAGAGAGAGACAGAGACAGAGAUAUCAUCAAACGGUUGGGGCGAAGAUAUCCGUGCAAGAGGUUUCGAGAGAAGUACUUCUGUCAAGGCAAACAAUGCGUGUGUGCAGAAUGUGACUAGGAGCUGACCAGCCUCCGGAGUGAAUGGAGGUGGAGAUGCAGGAACUCACAGUCGGAGAGGGCGGCUGAGAGAGUGUCAAUCUCGCUGGGACUCCUGCAAAAGCUCAUCCCCAGGAGCUGCUAGGGGAGUGUGUGUGUGUGGAAUUUAAAAAAAGAAGAUUUUUUGAUACAAGGAGCAUUCUUGUCAAUUGGCCGUUUCCUACAAAGUGCCUCCCCACGUUAUGAAGACUUGGACUUAUUCUACUCCAGCUCCAGUUGAACCCUCCAGAGAAAAAAAGGGAGCAUGGUUUUGCAUUAGGAUUGAUGGGAUUCCAGGGAACCGAGCCAGUGGGAAGGCGGAGGAUGUUUGUUGAGCUCUGGCCUCUUGGUGAGAAUCUUAAACGCCAAGUGCCCCGAUCCCAAGGAGGAAAGGACUGAUCUGAAGAGUUGUGCUCCUCUCUCCAUCCCCCCCCCCUCCCCCCCACCCCCCUCCUCCCCUCCCACCUUGGUUUCCCUCUGGUUGUGGACGGACGAGAAGGGGGCAUGACUGGCAGUCGGUACCCGCCACCCUCUGCCCACCACCGGGCUGGCAGGAUGUACCAGCACAAAGUGUCGCUGGUGGUGCGUUACUUCAUGAUACCCUGCAACAUCUGCCUGAUCCUCCUGGCCACCACCACGCUGGGCUUCGCCGUUCUCCUCUUCCUCCACAACUAUAAACCUUCGACGAGCUUCACUCCGUCCCCUCCAAUAUCACCGGAUGUAUGUAGAGGUGUCCUCUGUGGAUUUGGAGCCGUCUGCGAAAAGGAUCUCAAAGAGCCGUCCAAGGGAACAUGUAUCUGCAAGAGAGGUGCCUGCCCGUCUGUUGUGGCCCCGGUCUGCGGGUCGGACUAUUCCACGUACAGCAACGAGUGUGAGCUGGAAAUGGCCCAGUGUACUCAGCAGCGUAGGAUCAAGGUUAUCAGCAAAGGAUCUUGUGGCCAGAAGGACCCGUGCAGCGAGGUUAACUGCGGAUUUGGCAGCUCCUGCAUCCAGUCGUCUGAUGGGCAGUCGGCCAAAUGCGUGUGUCCCACCUCCUGCAGCGGGCAGCCGGAGAAGAUGGUCUGCGGCAGCGACGGGCGGGAUUACAGGAACGAGUGCGAGCUGAACAAGCACGCUUGCGACCAGCACAGGAACAUCUACAAGAAGUCUGACGGCUACUGCGACCCGUGCAAAGAUGCCCAGAGUGACCUGAACAAGGCGUGCCGAGUACAGCCCAAAAUCCGCAAACCCAACCUGCUCUCGCUACCAGAAAGUUGCCCGAAAGAAGAUAAGCCCGUGUGUGCGGACGAUGGUCAGACCUACGACAGCAAGUGUAUCAUGGAGAGAGUGGGUGCUUUGAAAGGCAUCAACCUCCAGAAAAUCCGCUCAGGGCCCUGUCUACCCAGAGACAUGUGUCAGGAGGAGUGCAAGUUCAGCGCCGUGUGCCUCAACCUACGAGGGAGCGUGCGCUGCUCCUGCGACCGCAUCGUUUGCGACGGAGCCUACACACCCGUGUGCGGGCAGAACAGCCAGAGCUACAGCAACGACUGCGAGCGCAAGCAGGCCGAGUGCCUGGGGCAGAUCUCCAUCCCGGUCAAGCACCAGGGGCCUUGCGACCUUAACAAUCUAAGUCCAUGCGUGAACGUAGUGUGUGAUUUUGGGUCCAAAUGCAUUGUGAAGAAUAACCAAGCUGUGUGUGAGUGUCAGCAGAGCUGCCAGAGCGUGUACGAGCCUGUCUGUGGCAGCGACGAGCACAUCUACGGCAACGAGUGUGAAUUGGAAGCCAUGGCUUGCAUCCUGAAAAAGCACAUCACCAUCAAGCACAAGGGUCCUUGCGAUCGCUGUGGGAACUGCCAGUUUGGUGCCAUCUGCGAGGCAGAGACGGGGAAGUGUGUUUGUCCGACAGAGUGUGUCAGCUCCCGGCAGCUGGUGUGUGGCACAGAUGGCCAGACCUACAAGAACGAGUGUGCGCUGCAUGUUGAAUCCUGCAUCACGCAAACAGACAUCCAAGUCACGAGCCAGGGAGAGUGCCAGCCAUGCGGUGACUCCACCUGCCUGUAUGGGGCAAAGUGCAGUGACGAUCGUUGCUUGUGCCCACGGUGUGAGAACCAAGCCAUCGUCUCUGUCUGUGGCAGUGACAGCAUCACCUACCUGCACCUCUGUGAUCUACAAUCUGCUUCCUGUCAGCAGAAAAGGAAAAUUGAGGUGGUUAAAGAGGGUCCAUGUGAAGACGAAUGUGGCUCCGGAGGAUCCGGCUCCGGCGACAAUAACGAGUGCGAGCAGGAGAAAUGCCGGAAGUACGGAGGGAUGUGGGACGAGGACUCGGAAGACGGCCCGUGUGAUUGUGGAUUGUCCUGCCAAGGUGUCCCUUGGUCUCCUGUCUGUGGGUCUGAUGGGGUAACCUACGACAAUGAAUGUGCAUUGAAGCUGACACGAUGCAAGAUUAAAAAGGACCUUCAUGUUAUCCUGCUCAGCCCCUGCAAGGAUGCAAUCCCGCCAUCUGUUCCAGAACAGCAUUGCAGCAAGUCCGUCUAUGGCUGUUGUCUUGAUAACGUAACUGCUGCCCAGGGAGUUGGCCUUGCUGGAUGCCCAAGCACCUGUGAGUGUAACCAGCACGGGUCGUACAGUGAAACCUGUAGCCCCAGCAACGGUCAGUGUUCCUGCAAACCAGGUGUGGGAGGUCUGAAAUGUGAUCGUUGCGAACCUGGAUUCUGGAAUUUCCGGGGCAUUGUCAUAGAUGAGAAGAGUGGAUGUACCCCGUGUAACUGUGACCCGCUCGGUGCAGUCCGGGAUGACUGUGAGCAGAUGACGGGAUUGUGUUCCUGCAAAACCGGCAUCAGCGGAAUGAAGUGCAAACAGUGUCCCGAUGGCACUAACCUGGGCCCCAACGGCUGUGAUCAAGACCCAAUUGCAUCCAGAACGUGUGCGGAUCUUCUGUGUCAGCACGGAGCAACUUGUGUACAGGAUAUUGGACAAGUACAUUGUGUAUGCCCUCCUCCUAUUUGCCCACAACAUAAACAGGUUAAGGUCUGUGGCUCCGACGGAGUAACCUACGCCAAUGAGUGCCAGCUCAAAACUAUCGCAUGUCGACAGGGCACAACAAUAACCAUUGCACAUCGAGGCCCUUGUCAAGGAGCCCCACCAAGGCUAACGGCCACACCGUCCACCAGCCAUGACGGCCAGACAACUCCGUGGUCAAAAGCAUCCCCAGCACCACUCACACCUUCUCCGGGAGGAGAUACCAGCUCGUCCAUCCGGGUUGAGAAGAUGGACUCAGUAAACCUCAAUGCAGAGUUUCCUCCUGCUUCCACCGCGUGGCCCAAAUACACGAUGAGGCCGCGGCUCCAACUGAAGACGCCCACAGUCACCGGACGACCUGCCGUCACGGGCUACCCUGCCACCACCCGGCCCGUGACCUUGCACGUUCCCUCCGAACCCCCUGAUCUAUCGGGCAGCGGGGACUUCAGCGGGGACACCGAUCUGGAAGCGAGCGGCGAUCUGGAAGCAAGUGGAGGAGAAGCUUUGGGUUUCAAUGAAUCCUCGACCAUUACUCCAACUCCUGUCCCAGUAGAACGAUCAACGUGUGACAAUACAGAGUAUGGCUGUUGUCCUGACGGAAAGACACCAUCCAGCGAUGGUGAUGGAAGCAACUGCCCACCCACUAAGGUGUUCCUGGGAGUCCUCAUUUUGGAAGAGGUUGAAGGUCAAGAACUUUUUUACACACCGGAGAUGGAUGACCCUAAAUCUGAACUGUUUGGUGAAACUGCCCGAAGUAUUGAGAGUGCUCUGAAUGAACUCCUGGGGAACUCAAACGUCAAGAAAGAUUUCAAGAGCGUCCGUGUACGCAGCCUGGGCCCCAAUAACUCUGUGCGGACCAUUAUUGAAGUCCAUUUUGAUCCACGAACAACUUACACGUCCCGUGAUGUGCAAAGAGCUUUGCUUCAGCAAGUGAAGCAGUCCAGGAAGAAAUCAAUUGUUGUGAAGAAACCGGAACAGGACAAUAUCAAGAUCGUCAACUUUGAUUGGGCUCCAGUUCUGUUUACAACGACUAGCACCACGACCGUUGCCACCACCAUGCCUGUAACCACGGCGACCACUCUGGCCACCCUCCCGCCGGCGCUGACCAGGCGACCCCCUCCCGCCACCACCCGACGGCCAAAAACACUCCCGCACGAGAAGUGGUCCUCGACCACCCCGAGACCAGCCACCACCAGGAGGCCCCCCUACUCCAUAAAGGCCGAGGCCAAGCCUUGCGACUCCCAGCCAUGUCUCCACGGCGGCACCUGUGAGGACAACGGGAAGGAGUAUACGUGCAGCUGCCCAGCCGGCAAAGGAGGAGCCGUGUGUGAACGAACAAUUGUGUACUAUCUACCUGAGUUUGGUGGCAAAUCUUACCUGGCGUUCAAGACGAUGAAGGCUUAUUACACAGUGCGUAUCAGUCUGGAAUUCCGUACGUCCGACCUGAAUGGAUUACUUUUGUACAAUGGACAGAAAAAGGGCAAAGACUUCAUUUCUCUCGCCCUCGUGAGGGGUUAUGUGGAACUAAGGUUCAACACCGGCUCUGGGACGGGUAUCAUCACCAGCAGAAGAAUGAUCCAGCCUGGAAACUGGCACCAAGUGGCCGUCAACCGUAACCGGCGCAGCGGCAUGCUCUCCGUGGACGGUGAGCCGCACGUGAAUGGAGACAGUCCUGCCGGAACUGAUGGACUUAAUCUGGACACCGAUCUAUUCCUGGGUGGAGCCCCUGAAGAUGAAAUGACACUUGUUACAGAGAGAACGGGAGCCACGAAGGGACUGCGGGGAUGUAUCCGACUGUUGGACGUCAAUGAUCUGGUCUACGACCUCCAGGAGAAGGGCAAUGAUGUCUUGUACGGCAGUGGGGUGGGAGAGUGUGGAAAUAACCCCUGUAAUCCUAAUCCCUGCAAGAACAACGGCAGGUGUCACGUGAAGGAGGCAGAGAUGUUCCACUGCCAAUGUGUCAGCGAGUUUUCAGGCCCAACCUGUGCUGAUGAGCACAACCCAUGUGACCCUAACCCGUGCCACAAAUCGGCCACUUGCCUGGUGUUGCCAGAAGGCGGGGCAAAGUGCGAAUGCCCGAUGGGACGUGAAGGGGAGUUCUGUGAAAGAGAAUCUGAGCAUGACCAGGGCAAGGCCUUCAUCCCGGAGUUUAAUGGACUUUCAUACCUGGAAAUGAAUGGGAUUCACACAUUUGUCAGUGGCCUACUUCAGAAGCUGUCGAUGGAGGUAAUCUUCUUGGCCAAGGGUGGCAAUGGAAUGAUCUUUUACAAUGGACAGAAGACUGACGGCCGGGGAGACUUUGUGUCACUAAACCUGCGUGAUGGCUACUUGGAGUUUAAAUAUGAUCUCGGCAAAGGACCUGCAGUAAUCAGGAGUAAGGAACGUAUCAUACUCAACGUAUGGAAUGUGGUUACUGUCGAAAGGAACGGCCGGAAAGGAUUAAUGAAAAUUAACAAGGGUGAAUCCCUCUCUGGUGAAUCUCCGGCCCCACACACAGCAUUGAACCUGAAGGAGGCCUUGUACGUUGGAGGAGCACCGGAUUUCAAUAAGUUUGCCCGUGCGGCUGCAAUCACCUCUGGCUUCUCCGGAGCCAUUCAAAAGCUGUCAAUCAAAUCCGUUCCCCUGCUUAAAAAAGUGAAUAUCCGAAAAGCCAUGGAGAUCUCCAACUACCGCUCGCACCCCUGCACAAAGAAAGUGAAUCCCUGUCAAAAUGGCGGCGUCUGCAGCCCAAGACUCAGGGAAUAUGAUUGUAUGUGUCAGCGCGGCUUCUCGGGGACCCAGUGCGAGAAAGCACUCGAGGAGAAGUCAGCGGGUGAAAGUGAGUCUAUCGCAUUCAAUGGACGCACAUUUAUCGAGUACCAUAACACAGUGAUAAGGAGUCCUGAAUUCAUGGACUAUCCCAUGGAACAGAGUGAGAAAGCGAUACAAGUUAAUUACUUUGAGCUGAGCAUCAAAACAGAAGCGACACAGGGACUGAUUCUGUGGAGUGGGAAGAUUGGCGAGAGAUCAGACUACAUUGCUCUGGCUGUUGUGGAUGGGCUUGUGCAGAUGACGUAUGACCUUGGAUCCAAACCCGUCGUCCUCCGCUCUACGAUUCCAGUCAACACAAAUCAGUGGGUUAGGAUUAAAGCAAACAGAAUACACCGAUACGGGACUCUCCAAGUAGGAAAUGAAGCCCCUGUGACUGGCUCUUCCCCUUUUGGUGCAACGCAGUUGGAUACUGAUGGAGCACUCUGGCUUGGCGGAAUUGAGAAGCUGGCACAUGGAAACAGAUUACCGAAGGCCUACAGCACUGGUUUCAUCGGCUGCAUAAAGGACGUGGUCAUUGAUCGUCAAGAACUUCAGCUAGUGGAAGACGCCUUGAAUAAUCCCACAAUAUUACACUGUCCAGCCAAAAAAUGAACAGGCUCUGCCUACUGCUGUAAUUAUUUUCUAUUUUUGUAUACUUUUAUUGCUUUUUAUAUUGAAAAUGUUUUUGUUGCAGUAUAUCAAGCUAAUCUCACAAGCAAACCAAAUGAUCUAAAUGUCCUUGGCUACAAUUACACUGUACACAGUUCAGUUGUACUUGAACCUGUGAUAUUUGGUGCUGGUGUUACCUACUGUCUUCAUUGAAUCAUUUUGCUUCACACUCUGGUGGUUCAGCUCUUCUUAAUGGUAACCGGCAGUUAAAUGCCAUUAUGAUUGCUACCUGCAGACCGAACAUGACUAAUGUGUUUACACAGAUUUGAUCCAUUAUAUCAAAUUACCAUACACGAUUAAUCCCCAGAUGUUUUAUUCCUUUACUUAUAAUAAAUUGUGCCUUUUUUUUGUUCCAUUAUGUACUUCUUUGAGAAUUAGACACAUUGCAAGACUGAACUAGCCAACGCUGAGGGUGUUUGUGGAAAAUGAGGGCUAAAGCUGAGAAAAUCUUUGAACAAAAGCAAAUGCAGCUGUGAAUAAGGAAUUAAGUUUCCCCUUCGUUCUUCAAAAGUAUCCAUUUCAAAACUUAAACAGGCAGGCCCAUUCUCUGGGUCUCUCACGUAGUUCAAAGUUGCUUACAAAUCACACUUCACAAAACAAGCUUUUAAAUUGAACUGUUAACAUCAUUGUGCUUUUGUCUGAGACCAGGAAGUGAACACCAUUGAUUAUCCUAAUAGUUUGUGGAAGGCUAAUUUAGAUUGAAUCAAGUAAUGCGAUAGUUUGUGAAGUUCAUUGGAGUCUCUUCAUCACCGUAAGCUCCGACAGUCUGUCCAUAACAUGUUGCUCACAGUUCUUUGCUGCAAUGCCCCUGACUUUAAGGUAAACAUUUACUGCUUUUCAUUCACAGGCAAAGUGUGGAAGGAAGCCGACACAAUUGACAAGGGUUUGCUGUUCCAUUUAACAAUACUUCUAUCUGUAAUGACUGAAAGUGUUCCAGCCACAGGAAUAACCUCCCACUUGUGUUGCUCACUGUGUAUAGUGUAUAUAGUAAGGGCGAUACCUUUUGCUUAACACUUGUGAGAUUGCAUGUGGCCUAAAGGCCUUGGACUGUGAGAAAUAUGUCUGUAUGUUAAGGGUCAUGAAUAAAGACUGACGUUUUGUUGGAAUUGACAUGCAAGGGAAAGAAGCAAAGAGCUUUGACCCACAUGUGGCAUGCUACUGAGCGGCCCCAUAAUGUAAUUUCCUCCUUGCUGUUAAUGUACUCCACCUGCAGACCUGGCCAAUGGAGAGAACGAGGGCACUGGUUGCUGCUGUAAAGCUGUAUCCACUUGGUAAUUGAACAUUGGAAAAGGUUUGCUGAAAAUGAGCUUUGCUUUAGAGAACGAUGAAUUUACGCCGAGGAUUUUGCAAGUGGCAUGAGUGGCGGUGAAUGUGUCAAGACUGCUGUAAAAAUUUGGUCUCUGCAAUGUGCAUUGAUUCAGAUUGUGAUACUAGUUAUCAACGUUACUCAUUGGUGUCAUUCUUUGACUUCUCGAUACCUGAUUUUCCUUUCCAUAGAGAGUAUUUUUUUUAAACAAUUCAGCCUUAACAAUUAGUAUGUAUUUGCGGAAUUUAUUUUUUAUUGUAUGACAGCCAAAUGCAUUUCAUUAGUUCAGCCUGCGAGGAGCCAGGAGGACAUAUUGAGUCAGCAGGACACAGGAAUGUGUUUGCCUACUGAUGGAAAUGUAAGGUGGACAAACACAGGUGAUGGUUGUGAUCAGAAUGCUCCUGAUAUUUACAGGCCCUUCCAUAUUGCAGGAUUUGGCUUUUUUUUUAAUGUAAUUUAGCCAAAAGAUAUUCUGUGAAAGCAAUGACAUUAAUUGAUGAUGGAUCCUCAUUGUGCGAUAUUGUCAUCUGUUAAGGCCAAUUAUAAAUCUUGGUCAUUGCCAUGGUUUUAAAUGCUACCUGCGAUCAUCAGGCUGCAGGUUUUUCUGCAUUAUUGGUCAUUUUGUUGCCUUUAUUUUUGAAGUAACCUCUGGCCUUUUUGCAUUGCCCUAAAUUUUCUGUGCCCUGUUGUCCCUACUUUGCUUUCCUCCCCAAUAUUGUCAGCUACAGUGAGCACACAGCUCUGGAACGCAGGUCGUAGGGUUCGAAGGGAGUCAAUGGAAUGAGCUUGUGUGUUAUUCCGAAUUGGGAGAAUUGAGUUGGACGGAAACAUUCCAAAAUGCCGUGUCUUGUCUUCAGAAAUGUUUGUGAGAAACGGGGGGAGGGGAGGGCGGCCUCAGAAAUGCCUUAAAUGCCAAGUUCGCCGAUCUUGUAGUGAACUUCACUGCACACACCUUGUGUCGUGCACUUACUUUUAUUUGACGUUUUACUGCUGGUGUUUUAACUCUAGUGUAAAAAAUUAUUCGAGCCCUUUUUUUUUAAAAGAAAGAAAUUGCUGGUUUUAUUUAUGUGUUUCCAUACAAUGUAUUUUCUGGUACAUGAUCAUUGUAAACUGCUGUAAUUAAUCUGUAAGGACAGUGCACAGUAUGUGAUCAGCAUGAUGUAACCAUUACUAACUUUAUUACUCGUGUCCUUUGGCCAAUCGUCAUGAAAUAAAGUGUAAAACUUCCAAACA